AAAAAAUAUAUUCAUAUGAGGUCAUAUUAUACUACUUAUUAAAACUCAGUAUUCCUUCUAAGUAAAGAGAGAAAGGAUAUCUUUUUCCUUGAUUUAUAGAAUAAAAGAAUGGUAUAUAAUGGGACGAUUACAAGACAAUCAGUACGCAUCACCAAGAACCAAUAAACACCCUCAAAAGAAGAAACAAGACAAAGCUCAGUUACAACAAGACAGAGCACGGGAUGAAGCUAAGCUACAAGCAGCAUUCUGUCCACCUCUUGAUCCUUCUCUUAUUCAAGCUAUUUGGAACGAUUCAUUUGAUUAUGACGGAUCUUUUGAAAUUCUGACUUCCUUAGCAAAAGAAGCAGAUCGUACAUUGGAUGGACAACAGGAACAAGAGUUGUCAAUGGAUACACUUGAAUUAGAUGACUCAAGUACGACAAGGUCUUCUCAAUCAGAAGAUGAUCAUGUCGAGUUUUUGAUGACAUGCUUCCCCACUUUACCAAUGCAAGAACUGAUAGAUGCACUCAGACAGAGUGAGAACGAUGUAGAAAAGGCAACAGAUAUUUUGCUAAACCAAGAAUUUAUCUCUCAAGUUGAUAAAGAUGGAGGCGCCGUGGUUAAAAAAGACGAUGAAUACUACCAGGGUCAAAAGAAGAAUAAACAACAAAAGAAGACAAAAAAGAAGAACACAAACCCUACUAUUUGGUCUUCAGGUCAAUUGCCUACUGUCAAUAGUGCAUUGGGUAAUGCCUCCAAUCCUGGUGCUGUGUCUAUCAGUAUGCGUAAAAUCAUGCAGCAGCAACAAGAACAAGAAGAUGAGGACCCUUAUCAAGCAUUAGCUUCUGUUCCCUUCAAUUACUGGCAUCAGCACGAUGCUACUGUCAAACAACUCCAACGGCAUUUCCCUCGUUUACCUGAAAUGACCAUUGCUGCUGCUGUUCAGCAUUGUCGUGGCAAUGUGAUUGCCUCCGUCAAGACGCUGAUGGAAAAACAUCCCAAUGAAAAACCAGAGCACGAAAUGACAUGGCCAGUGAUGAAAGAACUGAUAAAUGUCAGACAAGAACUACAGGCUAUUAUGGUCGACAGAUCUGAACAGGAUGUGAUAGGUGUUGCUGUUGGAGUCAUGAUUCAGUUUGAAGGUCAAAACAAGCUGUUGGAUCAGCUCGUUCAGGCAGGCAUAGAACACUUUUUGACAUUUGAUGUAAGCCAACUUGCUCUUGAAGCCCGUUUAAAGAAAAUGGCAGAAGAAUCAGAAUGGAUACGGGUUCAGAAUAAAAAGAAAGAGAUACCAGUGAUACCAGAAUAUUUGUUGAUCAACAAUCAGCAGACGUAUCAAGAAGACGAUCCUGAAGAGUGUCGUGAUGUAGCUAUGCAGCUAAUUCUUGAAAGAAACGAACUGUUUCGUAAGGCUGCUGCUGCUUAUCGUGCUGCUAAAAACAAAGGUCCUGGUGAAGGUGGUGUUGCUUUUUUCUAUUCAGAUACAGCAAGACAAUUGGACAGUCAAGCCAAGGAUUGGAACAUGAGAGCAGCCAGGGCUACUGUGCGUCGACAGCGAAUUAAACAGAAUGAUGAUCACUUACUUGAUUUGCAUGGUUUGACUGUAGCAGAAGCACAAAUACUUGUGACAGAAGGCGUCACACAAUGGUAUUCUCGAAGUCAAAUGCAAUCUGCUCGUCUUCAAUUCAGACCCCUCAAGAUUAUUACAGGUGUAGGCAAACACUCUAAAUACGGUGAAUCUAAACUACUGCCAACGACGCUCAAGAUACUCAAAAAUGGAGGUUGGCAAUAUGAGAUGAGUCAUCCUGGUUGUAUAUACGUAAAAGGUGUAAAAAGCACAAAUAAAUAAUUUGC